CCUAUCCGUUAUUUGAAGUUUGAUAGUGCAGUUAUCGUGUCAUCUCUGGGAGUCCAUCAUCACAGAAAUGGCCACUGCUUUUCUCAUUCCACUCUCAUGGUCACCGCAGCUGUCUACUCCUUUCAAGGGAACAGUGAAAACCUUAGUUGCAAAACCAUGUGUGAAGAUUCAGCGAGCAAGACCCAUCGUUUUCGCAGGUUACAAGUCUACCUCUGCCCCGGUGGCAACGCCCCUGGUCGGCGUUCGGUUUCGGCUGGACAAUUUGGGGCCCCAACCGGGUUCCAGGAAGAGGGCAAAGAGAAAGGGUAGAGGAAUAUCUGCAGGGCAAGGAGCAAGUUGUGGUUUUGGGAUGAGGGGUCAGAAAUCUCGAUCUGGGCCUGGAGUUAGGAAGGGUUUCGAAGGUGGUCAGAUGCCCCUUUAUCGACGAAUCCCCAAACUCAGAGGAAUCGCAGGAGGUAUGCAUGCGGGAUUGCCCAAAUAUGUCCAUGUAAAUCUGAGAGACAUAGAAGAUGCUAAAUUUAAGGAAGGGGAAGAGGUGUCUCUCGAGUCACUGAAGGCUAAAGGUGUGAUUAACCCAUCAGGAAGAGAAAGAAGACUUCCUUUGAAGAUUUUGGGUGAAGGAGAACUGAGCAAGAAAUUGACGCUAAAAGCCCGUGCCUUUUCCACAGCAGCGAAGGAGAAACUUGAGAGUGCUGGAUGUUCUCUCACCUUGCUUCCUGGCCGCAAGAAAUGGGUUAAGCCAUCAGUUGCUAAAAACCUUGCUCGUGCUGAAGAAUACUUUGCCAAGAAGCGCGCUGCAGCUGCCACCGAGGCAGCCUCUGCUUGAACUUGAACUACUUCUGUGUCAUCACAUUUUAGAAAUCUUCAAGAGAGUUGCAGAUUGAUUUCUUUAGGAACUACCUCACAUAUUUGUCGUUCUUCAGAGUUCUCUCGGUUCAUCAAUCUGUUGUGUUACCUAAGGCAUUAAUUCAUUCUUCUUUCUGCAUUUAAAUGUUUUCUAGUUCUGGUUCCAAACGAUGUUUAUUGUUGUAUACCUUGUAACAUUUUGUUCAACCAUCACCAGAAACUGUUUUGGAAAAAAAGAAAGCGUAAGAAAAUGUAAAUUCUGGUUUGCCAUUUUUUGUGGAAA